UGACCUGAUGACCCGUCCAAACGAUAAGCUGCUGGAACAUGACCCCUGCAUGUGUAACGUUACUCUGAUGUUCAUCAUGUUCUUCACGUGUUGAACCUGCUGCAGGGAUUCGACCUCAUUCAGACGCUUCAUUCAGAGGCCUGGGGCGAUCAAGCGGCGGGGAUGUUGAGAGUCCGGCCGGUCAGCCCUACCGACCUACCGACGCACCGAAACGCAGCAGAACACUCCGGUCUGACGGGAAAACUUCCACUUUUUCACCUUCAGUGAAUUUUAUCCAAAAGAAGAAAAAAAAACAAAAAGAAUAAAAGCAACAGCUGGAGCUGCGGGGAGGACUUUUAUUUUGGAGGGUUCUCUUGGUAAUUAUCACACCUGAAAAGGAUGAGAAGAAAUUAAACAUCUGUUUUCCCGCCGUGGAGGUGUGUGUGUGUGUGUGUGUGUGUGUGUGUUUCUCGGGUUAAACACAGGGAAUAAAACCAAGCUGAAGCCGCUCCCGGAGGAUUAAAGCGGCUCAAGUUGUUGGGAGACACCGGAGGAAGCGGCGCACACGGACCCGGUGCGCACUCUCCCUUCUCCGGCUGGACUGACGCGCCACAGUCCGCUCCGCGCCUCUGCUGCUGCUGGAGGACACUCCUGCGCUCCUCCUGCGCUCCUCCUGCGCUCCUCCUGCGCUCCAUCACUCCGCUUGGAUGUAAAAAAACAAGAGCAAAACAAAAAGAACAAGCUGCUUCUUCUUCUUCUUCUUCUUCUUCUUCUUCUGUUUCCAUCCAAACUCUUUUCUUCUGAGGCGCCGCGCGGAGUUUCUCGCUCAUGGAUCGGCCACUGUGCGCCUCCUCUCCGGAUGGGAUUUGGCAGCUGUGAGCGGGGCGCGGUGGAGCAGUGAUGGUGUGAGAAGAGAGAUCUAAAAAAACAAACCCGCAGUUUUUAACGCAGGAGUUUCACAUCUGGUAUACUGGGCCAGUCAGCAGCAGGAUCAGGAUGAGAAGAUGGCUGGCUGUGUGUUUCCAAUGGGACCAGAGAGCUUUCAGCGCUUCACGCCGGACUCCCUGGCGGCCAUCGAGCAGCGCAUUGCCCAGGAGCAGGCCCGACGCAGCAAACAAUACCAGGAGGACCUGGGCGACGUGGUGCUCCCCCGGACCCGGCCUGACCUGGAGGCAGGAAAACAGCUGCCGCGCAUCUUCGCCGACAUCCCGUCUCAUCUGGUGGGCGUUCCCCUGGAAGACAUCGACCCGUACUACUUCAAAGACAAGAGGACCUUCAUAGUCCUGAACAAAGGGAAGGCCAUCUUCCGUUUCAGUGCCACAUCAGCUCUCUACAUCUUCAGCCCUUUCCACCCCGUCCGCAAAAUCGCCAUCAAGAUCCUGGUCCACUCAUUGUUCAGUUUGUUCAUCAUGUGCACCAUCCUGACCAACUGUUGCUUCAUGGCCAUGUCCGAGCCGGCGUACUGGGCCAAAUACCUGGAGUAUACCUUCACAGGUAUCUAUACAUUCGAGUCUCUCAUAAAGAUCUUGGCGAGGGGUUUCUGCGUGGGGCCCUUCACCUUCCUGAGGGACCCCUGGAACUGGCUCGACUUCAGCGUAAUCGUCAUGGCAUAUGUGACUGAGUUUGUGGACCUGGGUAAUGUGUCAGCCUUAAGGACGUUCAGGGUGCUGCGAGCGCUCAAAACCAUCUCUGUCAUCCCAGGAUUAAAGACCAUCGUCGGCGCUCUGAUCCAGUCAGUGAAGAAGCUUGCCGACGUGAUGAUCCUCACCGUCUUCUGCCUGAGCGUCUUCGCCCUCAUUGGCCUGCAGCUCUUCAUGGGAAACCUGCGGCAGAAAUGCGUCCGCAGCACGGCGCACUGUGUCAACGGCAGCCUGCCGGCCAACACCUCCUUCUACUGCAACAACAAGACCUGGGCCUCCCUGAAGGAGUUCGUCAACGACGAGGACAACUUCUACAAGGUGGAGGGAGCCAAGGAUGCCCUAAUCUGUGGGUUCGGCAGCGACGCAGGAAAGUGUCCAGAUGGGUUUGACUGUCUGAAGGCGGGAAGGAACCCCAACUACGGCUACACCAGCUUCGACACCUUCGGGUGGGCCUUUCUCUCCUUGUUUCGCCUGAUGACACAAGACUACUGGGAAAAUCUCUACCACCAGACGCUGCGUUCAGCUGGUAAGACCUACAUGGUGUUUUUCGUGGUGGUGAUCUUCCUGGGCUCCUUCUACUUGGUCAACCUCAUCCUGGCCGUGGUCGCGAUGGCGUACGAGGAGCAGAACCAGGCGACCAUCGCAGAGGCCUGUCAGAAAGAACGAGAGUUCCAGGUUGCCAUGGAGAGACUCAAGAAGGAACAACAGGUCACCGCCCAGAAGACUCUCGACUCGGACUCAAUCAUGUCGCCGGACCUCUCGCCGUUUGGCCUCCCACUGGACAACCUCGAGGAGCGGAGGCGGAGUCAAGCGCUGAUAGGAGUGGGCGAUGUGGAGGGGAACCUAUCAGAGGAAAAGCUGCUGCAGGUAGACAUGCUGGACGGGGGAAAGCCACUCCACCCUCUGCUCGCUCGCUCCUUCUCCACAAGGACUCGGCGAAGCAGUCAGGUCUCCUCCAUCUUCAACUUCCGUCUGAGGAGCCGGGGGUCUGAGGGAGAGAUGGCUGACGACGAGUACAGCGUGCCAGGGGACGUGGUGGAGGGUGUCGGGAGUCGAACCUACAGCGGCGGGACCUUCAGUGGCAUCCUGCCCCACCCGUGGCCCAAACGACGACCAAGCACCUACAGCACGGCCAGCAGGGGCUCCCAGGUAUUUUAUCCAACUCUAAACGUCAACGGGAAGCUGUUUGUUGCCAUGGACCAGAAUGGGGUUUCCCCACCACCGCUGCAGGGGCAGCUGCCUGCCUGUACCAUGGAGAAGGUCAAGGAGGAGAGUGUCCCCACGUCCACGACGGAGCUCAGCACGAUGCUGUUACCUCGUCCUUCGUCUGCACAAGGCUCGGAGCGGAGGGGAAGAGCGCUCAGUGCUGCCAGCUACCUCACUGACGCCAUGGAAGAACUGGAGGAGUCCCAUAAGAAGUGUCACCCAUGCUGGUACGUCUUCGCCCACCGUUACCUGGUGUGGGAGUGCUGUCCUAACUGGCUGAAGGUGAAGCAGCUGGUGAAGAUCAUGGUGAUGGACCCCUUCCUGGACCUCGCCAUAACCAUCUGUAUCGUCCUCAACACACUCUUUAUGGCCAUGGAGCACUACCCCAUGACCGACGAGUUCAACGGCAUGCUGAGCAUCGGAAACCUGGUGUUCUCGGGGAUCUUCACGGCAGAGAUGGUGUUGAAGAUCAUCGCUCUGGAUCCGUACUACUACUUCCAGACGGGCUGGAACAUCUUCGACAGCAUCAUCGUCUGCCUCAGCCUCAUGGAGCUCGGCCUGUCCGACGUCGAGGGGCUCAGUGUGCUCCGCUCCUUCAGACUGCUCCGCGUGUUCAAGCUCGCCCGCUCGUGGCCGACCCUCAACACCCUCAUCAAGAUCAUCGGGAACUCCAUGGGCGCUCUGGGAAACCUGACGCUCGUCCUCGCCAUCAUCGUCUUCAUCUUCGCUGUGGUCGGCAUGCAGCUGUUUGGUAAAAACUACCAGGACUGUGUCUGUAAGAUCUCGAAGGACUGCGCUCUUCCUCGCUGGCACAUGAAGGACUUCUUCCACUCCUUCCUCAUCGUCUUCAGGGUGCUGUGCGGCGAGUGGAUAGAGACCAUGUGGGACUGCAUGGAGGUCGCAGGUCAGCCGCUCUGCAUCCUCGUCUUCAUGCUGGUCAUGGUCAUCGGAAACCUCGUGCUGUUGAACCUCUUCCUGGCUCUGCUCCUCAGCAGUUUCAGCUCUGACAACCUGUCAGCUCCAGACGACGACGGCGAGAUGAACAACCUGCACAUCGCCAUCCACAGGAUCACCAGAGGCCUGGGCUGGUGCCGCAGACAGGUGGUGGAUUUCUUCAACGGGAACCUGAAGCGUCGGCGCCAGAAGCGAAAGGAGGCAAAAGCCAUGAUGAAGCUCAAACGCCUGAGUACAAUCCACACUGAGGCCAACGGAGCUGUCAUAGGCCGUCACGUGGAGAAGUACGUGGUGCCGGAGGACGACAGCUACAUGACCAACCCCAACCUGACCAUCAGCGUCCCCAUCGCACCCGGAGAGUCCGACGUGGAGUUCCCAGAGGAGGAGGACGACGAGGAGGGGGAGGGGGAGGAGGAGCAGAGCGAGGCCUCCGAGGGAGAGGAGCAGGGGGAGCAGAAGGACGACAUCAGCCUAUCAGAGGGCAGCACAGUGGACCUCAGGAAGCCUGGAGAAGAAGAGGAUGAGUACUCAGAGAUGGCUGAAGAGGCCAUGGACCCCGACAACUGCUUCCCAGACAGAUGCACCAGGUUUCGGUGCGUGACAAUCGACACGACGGCCGGUCUCGGUCAAAUCUGGUGGAGAGAGGAAGACUGCUACCAGAUCGUAGAGAACAGCUGGUUCGAGAUUUACUUAGUUUACUUCCUCCUACUUCUAUAGGGUGCGUUUGCCUUUGAGGACAUCUACAUCGAGCAGAGGAAGGUGGUCAAGGUGGUGCUGGAGUACGCCGACAAGAUCUUCACCUACAUCUUCAUCCUGGAGAUGCUGCUCAAGUGGCUCGCCUACGGCUUCAAGAAGUACUUCACCAACUACUGGUGCUGGCUCGACUUCCUCAUCGUCGAUGUCUCAUUGGUCAGUUUGGUGGCCAACACGUUGGGUUAUUCAGACUUCGCAGCCAUCAAGUCCCUGCGGACGCUGCGAGCCCUGCGGCCCCUCAGAGCCCUCUCCAGAUUUGAAGGCAUGAGGGUGGUGGUGAACGCUCUGAUCGGGGCGAUUCCCUCCAUCAUGAACGUGCUGCUGGUCUGUCUCAUCUUCUGGCUGAUCUUCAGCAUCAUGGGUGUCAACCUGUUCGCCGGGAAGUUCGGCCGCUGCGUCAACCGCACCGGACACAUCUACGACGCCGGCUUCAUCAACAACAAGACCGAGUGCGAGGCACUCAACGACACCUCGCUGUACUACUGGACCAAAGUCAAGGUCAACUUCGACAACGUGGGGGCAGGAUACCUCGCUCUGCUGCAAGUGGCAACCUUCAAAGGCUGGAUGGACAUCAUGUACGCUGCAGUGGAUUCACGAGCUGUCGAAGAGCAGCCUAUCAAAGAGAUCAAUCUGUACAUGUACCUGUACUUCGUCAUCUUCAUCAUCUUCGGCUCCUUCUUCACACUCAAUCUGUUCAUCGGUGUCAUCAUCGAUAACUUCAACCAGCAGAAACGAAAGUUAGGAGGACAGGACAUCUUCAUGACGGAGGAGCAGAAGAAGUACUACAAUGCCAUGAAGAAACUGGGCUCCAAGAAACCUCAGAAACCCAUCCCCAGACCGACGAACUCGCUGCAGGGCUUCUUCUUCGACCUGGCGGGGAAGCAGGCGUUCGACAUCAUCAUCAUGGUGCUGAUCCUCCUAAACAUGAUCACCAUGAUGGUGGAGACGGACGAGCAGUCGCCACAGAUGGAGUACAUCCUGAACAACGUCAACCUGGCCUUCAUCGUCGUCUUCACCAUGGAGUGCCUCAUCAAGAUCGUGGCGCUGCGGUACUACUUCUUCACUGUUGGCUGGAACAUCUUCGACUUCGUGGUCGUCAUUCUCUCCAUCGUCGGUAUCGUGCUUGCUGACAUCAUUGAGAAAUACUUUGUGUCGCCAACACUGUUCCGAGUGAUUCGAUUGGCCCGUAUCGGACGAGUUCUGCGUCUCAUCAGAGGCGCUAAGGGCAUCCGGACGUUACUGUUUGCCCUCAUGAUGUCCCUUCCCGCCCUCUUCAACAUCGGGCUCCUCCUCUUCCUAGUCAUGUUCAUCUACGCAAUCUUCGGCAUGGCCAACUUCGCCUACGUCAAACGGCAGGCGGGGAUUGACGACAUGUUCAACUUUGAGACAUUUGGCAACAGCAUGAUCUGUUUGUUCCAGAUCACCACCUCCGCUGGCUGGGACAGCCUGCUCAGCCCCAUCCUCAACAACUCCCCAGAGGAAUGCAAUCCCAAUAUCCCCCACACAGGCACCACUGUCCGGGGGAACUGUGGGAACCCGUCGGUUGGCAUCACCUUCUUCGUCACCUACAUCAUCAUUUCCUUUCUCAUUGUGGUGAACAUGUACAUUGCCAUCAUCCUGGAGAACUUCAGCGUGGCCACGGAGGAGAGCACCGAGCCACUGAGUGAGGAUGACUUUGAGAUGUUCUAUGAGGUUUGGGAGAAGUUUGACCCAGAGGCCACGCAGUUCAUUGAGUACGCCAAGCUGUCAGACUUUGCUGACUCACUGUCAGAACCGCUGCGCAUUGGCAAGCCUAACAAGAUCAAACUGAUCUCCAUGGACCUGCCCAUGGUCAGUGGAGACAAGAUCCACUGCCUGGACAUCCUCUUUGCCUUUACAAAGCGCGUCCUGGGCGAGUCAGGCGAGAUGGAUGCCCUCAAACAGCAGAUGGAGGAGAAGUUCAUGAUGGCUAACCCAUCCAAGAUUUCUUAUGAGCCAAUCACAACAACUCUGAGGCGAAAACAGGAAGAAGUUUCUGCCACAGUGAUCCAGAGGUGUUACCGCAGACACCUGGUGAGGCGGCAGAUGAAGGCCGCCUCCUACUUGUACCGCCAGAUCACCACACCUCGGCAUGUAGGAAGUGAUGGUGAAGAAGUCGCCGAGGUAGCACUGGACGAGGAUGCCCCUGAGAAAGAAGGGCUGAUCGCUGCCAUGAUGAGGGAAAACUAUGGUUCGAGUUUGUUAGGGAUGGAGCGCUCCGAGACAAUUUCCUCCACCUCGUCCCCUCCAUCGUACGACAGCGUGACGCGAGCCACAUCAGAGAUCCUUCACCCACUUCCUGUCAAGACAGAAACAAUCACUGUCGACACCGCAGGCAGUGAACCAAGUGAACAAUCGCCAUCAACGGUCGACCCUGAAAUACAGCAGGAUUCGGUACCUUAGCAGGAACCAAAAAGCAAAAAAUUUAACAAAUGAGGAUGUCCUCGUUUUGGGUAAAGCCUGUUUGUUCUUUUGUUUACUGAAUGUACCAUAGCUGAGGAACGCUGAGAAGGCGGCAGAGAGAAGCUAUGAGCAAGGAACUGCAAGAGGAGUCAAACAAAGUGGAAUAUUUACUACCUUUAAUGUUAUUUCCUGUUCCCCGUGGAGAUUCCUGGACUUAACUCAACAUUGUUUUGGAGUUUCUUAAAGGGAAGCAGAAAAACUGCAAUAACAGAGAGGGAACCCCCGUCUAAGUCAGCUCUGCCUUUGUUGGCGAAAGACAGAAGUGUAGAUCCCUUUGACCUCUUGUGUCUCUCAUGUCGACCGGAGCCAAGGGUUCGGAACAUUGACUGACCUUUGACCCCCAGCUACAGGGUGUCAGAGGGGUCAAAACAACUAUAUCAGAUGUAUCCAUCAUUUAUUGGCCUGGGGGGUUUGUGCCUUCCCACAGUUGAUCAAUAUUCUCAGAGUAUGCCUGGCUGUACGAGUGAGGGCGUUCCUGGUGGUGUUUCUCGACACAUUAACAGUCGACGGCUUUCUGACUGACUGAGACUCGAGAGAGGAGGGAAAAUAAUAACAACGUGAUUUAAAAAAUGUUUUCGUAGUAAAAGUAUAACUUUGUUGAUGUUACCAGUCUUUUAAUAGCGGAACGAUUAUUACUAUUUUUUAUAUUUUUUAGAGUAAGUGGAAGAAAAAAAUAAGCAGUCUGUCUCUUUCGACAUUGAAGUGGCACUAGCGACGAGAAAGUGGCUGAACUAUGACGUUGGAAUAGAUGAGAGGAGAGGGUGCGGUCAGGAAAAACAAACUCAAAACCCUGAGGAGCAACUUCAUCUGUUUUUGUUGGCAGUUUUGCACUUUUGCGUUUACAUGUGCUGUUAUUUGCUUUAUUGCACCUGGGCAAAGUCACAUUGAAAAAGAGCCUGGGAUGUAUUUAUUUUUCCUCUGAAAACCUUUGAGAUAACACCAAAAACUAAUACAAGUGCACAAUGAGAUUUUCUACAAGGUCCCGGACUCUUCCAACGUGUGUUUUGCCCUGGUGGUAAACAUCCUCAUGUCCGUCACUUUUUUAGGCCGGUGGGUGAUUUGUCUAGAAGUCCAGACUUAAGGUAGACUCACACAAACAGAACACUCCUGCUGUAUUACUACAUAGCAUGAGGAGGUUACUUGCUUAUAAGUAUCAAUUUUUCAUAUCAAGGUCUAGAUUACGACCUAGACCUGCUCGACACCUACAAAGACCCAACAAUACCCACCAUGAGCAAGCACUAUUCCAAAUAAUUUAUUUAGGCUUUGCUUAGUCUGUUUAUGAAAACAGCAUUCGUCAUAUAUCAUAACAUAAUACCCUGAAAGCAUAAACACCAAACAAGGAUAUUGUUUAAUGCAGUUAAAGGACAAACUGGUUUGAGACAAGCUUGGCAAAAAUGCAAAUAAUAUAAAUUCAUAAAAAGCUUAAGCGUGCAACAAACCAUCAGUCUGCAUUUUACCAACUGAACAAACAAAUAUAUGCAGGACAUUUUUUCCAAUGUAUGGACUUUCUUGACAAAUCACCCACUUUCAUUAUCUAUCCGUCUGGUCUGAGUUCGGCUCGGCACAUAAAAGAGCUUAAACUAAAUUCUUCAAGGCUAAGUAAGCGUCGACCAGCCACGACCGGAGUGCGACAAUCAGCUCAGCACAUCAGCGUCAGGAUUUCACCCUGUUUAGUUUUUAUGAAAAGCGCACACUGAUUUGGCGUUUGAUCUGUCAUCAGUGUCCUGGAAAAACCUUCAAAACACAAAAAGCUGAGGAUGAGUGUUGAGACAACAGGUCAGCUCAGACUUCCUGUUCCUCCUGUUUCCACUUCAGUUCUACACUUUUCAAAAUGUUGCAAGAAACAGAUCAGAAAUCACAAUUCAUCCUUUAGACGUGAAGGAAAGAACAGUUUGAAACUUGUUUUGACCAAAUACUUUUUCAGAAAGUCGAACAUGGUUAGUCGAUGUUCGUGGCUGCAGCUGAGCAGGUUUUUCCAGAACUCUGGUGCGACGAUGCUAAAAUCUUUUCAGCUUCCUGUUUCCGCCAAAGAUAUGAAGAGUUUCAUUUCAAAUGUGGGGAAAUAAAUUAGUAAAUCCUAAUUGAUUGAUUGAUUGAUCAUUUUCUAGAUGAUUUUUUUAACAAGGAUAAAAGGAAUGGUUUGAAUUAUGCAGCAACCCUAAAGUAAAGUAAGAGUAAUAAAUGAAAACGUAUUCAAACAACAAAAUUCAUAAAGUAUCUUAUUUUUCCCCUGAAGUAUUUUGGAGUUUGAAAGGAGACUCUUCAAAUCAAAACAAAUUACGCAUUAUUUAUUUAUUUAUUUAUUGUCUUUGUUUUCUGGUUGAUUGCUUUAUUUUAUCUAAGUUUUUUUUUAUUUUAUUUUAUUUUUGCACGUGUUAGCUGCGUCCUGGAGGAGAACGGGAGGCCGAUUGAGACGCCUCUUCAUCCAUUUUGCACAGAGAAACAAACAAAACAAAAAAAAGACGAAACAAAUCAAACCGCGUCUAGCAAUAACGGUUUGCUGAUACCUUUUAAGUGAGUUCUUAGGUAACACUUGACUUUGCAGAAGCUUUUUCUCUCUGUAUGAAUCUGUGGAGUUUCGGGGAAUACUGAAAAUACAUUUUAACACUUGGGCAUUUGGUAAAAUCUGAUAACUUCUGGUUUUCCUGAUGCAGCACUGACAGUGUUAUUGUGGUUUUUGCAGACGCGCAGGUGAAUACACUG